AUGACGGAGCGCUCCCUUAUGAUCCGUUGUGCGAUGGCAGGGCGCUACUUCGCAGCGGGUAUGGACUUUCCCAGCGCGCGCGUUUUUGACGUCUCCACUGGCACACUUGCUGCUGUAGUGGAAGUGCCGCCGCGAAGCCGCGCCUCACUUGCUGUUGUCUCACUGACAGCAUUAACGUUGGGAACCAUCACGCACGAUGGUGAUGCAGUUGGAGGGGGAGAAGCGGGUUGCGCCUGCUUUGCAGCGGUGGGGCUGAGCAAUGGGACGGUACUUCUACACAACGUCGGCAAGGACGAGCUCGUGCAGCACCUCGCGGUGUCGGAUACGCAGCAACCCAUCACCGCCAUGGCAUUCUGCGGCCGUUAUUUGUUCUGCCUUACCGCCAACCGCUCGCUGCAGGUGGUGGACUGCGUGCGCGGCGAGCGCGUCGCGGCAAACCUGCGUGUGCAGCAGGAUGCGGGGGCUAUUGCCGUUGUGGAGGACAUAACUUCUUCUGAGGUCACUCCUUCUGCUGCGGCAAGGAAGAAGGCCGCCGUGGCGGGGUGUUCGUCGUACCGCAUCUUUGUUGCGGGCCCGACCAACGCUGUGUACACCCUUCGCCUCACCACCACCACCAGCAGCAGCAGCAGCGAGGCGCACAACUCCGCGGCGGUGGCAUUGGAGCGGCUGGUGUCCUUCGCGUCGCAGGCCUCCCGCGCAGACUUUGCUUGGAUGGGCGGCACACCGCAGAGCCCUGUUGUUGUCACCGCCAGUGCGCAAGAAGGAGUCGUGCGGGUGUGGGACGCGCGGGCCACCGUUGAUGGCCGUACUGUAGCAUCGCGUUGCCGUCGCAGCCUGUUGUGCGGGCAGCGUAUUGUGAACAUUUCAGUGCAGGAGGCCACUAGCAGUAGCAACAAGGGCGAGGCAUUCGUGGUAGCCACCACUUUCACUGGCUCUGUGCUUGUGUGGGAGCUGGGCAAUGCCCUGCUCACUACUGUGGCGGAGCCGCUGCCGACGCCGCCGACAUUCCGUCUCAUGUCGCAGGAGAACUCCGCGCGGCUGCUGUUCGGAGGCCUCCUGGAGGGCGAUAAGACGCCGUCACUGCUGCUGCUGCGCGGCCGCUUCGCUGUUCCACGCUUUGAGGUGAUUGACGUGUGCGAUGCCGCGGCGAAGGCAACAGGGCCAACAAGAACAACAACAACAGUGACAACGGAGGAGGACGUGCCGGUGUACGCAAUGCCGACGGGGGCGAAGAGUGGGGUAAGUGCAAUGAUGGAGAAUGCGGUGUCUGUGGACAUGGAGGUGAUCGACAACGCCUGGGCGACACACAGCCAGCAGCAGCAGCGGCAGCUCCUUGCCGCACGUGCGAUGCACACACCGUCGGAGGGUUUUGUUCCACCUGUCGCGUUCCACGCAAAGAGUGUGAAGGAGCUUCCACAGAAGACUCUGACACUGGAGCAGCGGCUAAAGCAGCUGUCGAUUGCCUCAGCUGCCAAAGCACCCCACCAACAACAAAAACAACAGCAGCAUCAGUCGCAUGCCUUGGGGCUUGCCACUGUGCCGCUGUAUCAAGCACUCCAUGCGAACGACGCCUCGGCGGUGAUGGAGCUCCUCACUGUUGCCUCGCGCUCCGCCGACGACAUUCGGGCGACAGUCAUGGGCCUUCAGCUUCCGUACUGCCUGCAGCUGCUGCAGCUUCUCGCGCAGCGCGUGCGGGGGGCAAAUUCCCGCUCGCCUCUCUUUGACUGGAUCGAUGCCAUUCUGCACUACAGGGGUGUCGAGAUGUAUCAGGCGCAGCAGCAAUUCAAACAACAGCAACAGGAUGCUGCAACUGUCAAUAACAACAGUGGCGCCAAUGCCGGGUCGGAUGCAGCGAAGGCGAUGCCGUCCCCGCCAAAGGAUUUUGUUGCACCGCUGCUGCAUCAGUACAGCAGCAUCACAGCCCUGUACGACCCUCUCGCAGCGAUGUACGGCCGUCUCUCCAUCUUCAAGUCGGUUCGUCCGUCGGAGCGCAGCGUCUUCGUGAACACCGACACUGGCGUCAUCUUCCCCACGAUGUUCACAGAGAUACGAUGUGCGGGUGGCGAGUACCGCACAGUGCGCGUUCGGAGCAAACGUGACCCGCGUCUGCAGAAGAACAGGAAGGGCAACGCGCUGGCGCUCCUCCGCAAGGCACGGCGCAUUGCCGCUGCUGACGAAGAGGACGCAAAGGAUGUGGACGAUGAGGACGAAGACCUGGAGGAGCUUGAUUUUGAUGCACUUGACCGCAUGAAACUCGACGACGACAUGAGCGGCGAUGACGAUGAUGAGGAAGAGGACGAAGAGGACGAGGGGAGUGACGCAGAUGGGCGCCACGCGAAACGCGCACGUGGUGAGAAGCAAACCGCGGUGAUGCUCGCGGAGUCCGACCGCGGCUCAUCGUACGGCGUCGCCUCCUCAUCGCACAGCAGCGACGCGGACUUCGACCCGGGGAGCGACGACGACGUUCACUCCGCCGCGGCAGACGAGGAGGAAGAGGACGAGGAGGAUGACGAUGAUGACGAUGACACCACCAGCAGCAACAGUAUUGUGGGUGACGUGCAGGACGGCGAGGGUGAUGAGGAGGGUGACGACGACGACGAAGGAAUGGGAGAAGACAUGGCGGAGCUGCUGGCGGCGCAGGGGGAGGAGCAGCAGCUCGAGGGACGGCGGCAUAAGCGAGUAAAAACCGACCACUAA